AACAAAUUCCAUGGGUGCAGAUUUAGUUUCUCAGCUGAAAAACUGAAGAGUUUUUGUUCAAGUUUAAUACUUUACUACUAUACUGAAUACAAGUUUAGCUAGCUAUUUUACCUGACGUGCAUUCUUCAGCUCUUCUAUUGCAAAAAUGAGAGCGAGCCUAUCCUUGAUACUGUUUGUUGGAACCUUGCUCGUAGGCCAGGUGUUCUCUCAAGAAUUACCGGCAGAUGCUUGUGAAAGAUUGACUGAAGGAGAUCUGGGAAACAGGACCUUGUCUAAAACUGGUUUGGUGCCUGCAGCUAUCGUAGCAGAUGGUGAUGGCAGUGCUGUUGUCUCUGCCCGCCUGAUUCCUGGUAGUAUAAACAUUGUGUGUGAAGCCCAGCACGAGAUUCGAGACAGAUACAGAUACACAUCAGUUCUCUUUUCUUAUGUCUGUUCUAGUGUUGCCGUGGAAUGUGAUGAUUCUACAGUCAUCACAGACCAACUAACUUUGAGCUGUGUGAAUCGUGCCUGGUCUCUCAGUGUCGUCAACACCGAUGCUUCUCCCCUAACAUCAGAUCCUUUGGCCACUGCUUCAACUGCACUAGCCUCUGCUUGUUCAUUGUGCAUUCCUCCAACCGCUACUACUAUUGUUAUCGGUUUUAAUUUGGUGGUUUCAAACGUUACCCAUUGUGUUGAAUGUGAAAACUGUACUGUUGGUCUUGGACGCUGCUUUGGCUCAGAUUUUAAUGACCAGACUUGUUGCAACUACUUUAGUGAGGGUAGGUGUGUUGAAAACUGCCCUACAGGUCAGGUACCUGGUCCCAACUUUGUAUGUGGAUGCUCGACACUGAAUGAUCCUAAUGGACAGUUUUCGUAUAGUAAUGAUACAGACAUUGAUAGUAUGGCCACUCUUGCGUGUAAUACUGGCUAUGUGGAUAACAACUCACCAGCUACUUGUACUCAAUCUGGUGACUGGACUACCACACCAAAUUGUACACCUCUCUGUAUGGUGUUGCCCUUAUUGGUUAAUGGAGACAUUAGAUACACUAAUCUCCCCAACAAACUUAUUGCUGGCACCGAAGCAAGUUACGGAUGCCACCCAGGAUUCCUGAUAGAUCCCGAGAAUGGACUUACAAGAACAUGUCUGAUUGAUGGAACGUGGUCAGGCAUGAACUCAACAUGCAAAUCCUGUUCUGAGGUGGUCACCAAUUGCAAGGAUUGCAAAUAUGAGAAUGGUGUACAAGUUUGCACAGACUGUCAAGAUGGAUACGUAUUGGACGAUUUUGAAUGCAAGACCAACAAUCCUGACCCUGUGGCAAGAAGCUCGUGUGACGUUCCCUGCAUCAUCGGCAUUGUCUUAGCCAUUCUGGCAGUGAUUGUCAUAACAACCGUCGUGAUUGUGGUCGCUUUUGUUCUCUAUAAAUACCUCAAUGACCCUGCUACAAAACUGGCUAAGACUGAUGCAGAAGGUUUGAAUGGUGUUGCACGAGACAAUCCUCUCUAUGUGGAUCCGGCCGCUGUGACAGACGAUGCUAUCGAUGGGGCCACUGAGACCACUCCAUUGGAUUCGUAAUCAGUCCAAACUUGUAUGCGUCUGUUUGUCUCUCUCCUAACUUACUCAGUGUUUACUGAUUGUAGAUGUAUUACUUUACCCCUCUAUUAUAUACUGCACUAUGUUACUGCUCUAAUUAUUAUUUUUCUUUACACAGUAAGCUGUGGUGUGUAUAUUCAUAUAAGUAUCCCAUGGCUGUAUGUAGUGGUUUUAUAUACGUUUUGUUCAUCAGUUCACAGAAAAGGACAUGUGCACAACUCUGUUGAUUAUAUGACUCUGUAGAUUUAACAUGCACUGUGAUCUUAUUUUAGCGUUCUUUGUUUCAUUCAUUUGAUGUAGUAAACCAAAAAUAAGUGAUUUUAAAAGAAAUUGAGUGUCUUACA